AUGGAUGCUCCGACGUUUGCGCCGCCCACGUCGGCCAUGGAGGCCAAGACGUUCAUGGCGCCAGGAAGUCUCACGGGGUACAACACACCUGCUCAGCAGCAGCAGCAGCAGACGUCAACUCCACCGACCGAUACGAAUGGUGCGGUGCAGAAGGCAGGCUCCGCCCCAGUCCAGCCCCCUCAGGCCAACAACGUGCCCAUGAGCCCGGCGCAAACGCCUGCGGCUGGACAGCAGCAGAACGGCGUGAGCGGUAUAGGUAUGUGUGCGGAGGCGGAACUGUCGCGAUAACGCGACAUGCGGUCUCUUGCACAGUCACUGACUUGAUCGCAGUCCCAACACUGCAGAACAUCGUCGCUACGGUGAACCUGGAUUGCCGUUUGGUAUGCGCGCUGGAAGUUGCUCAAUAGCACCACUGCUGACAGUCACAACAGGAUCUCAAGACCAUUGCGCUCCACGCACGUAAUGCCGAGUACAACCCGAAGCGUUUUGCUGCUGUCAUCAUGCGCAUCCGCGAACCCAAGACCACUGCGCUGAUCUUCGCCUCCGGAAAGAUGGUCGUUACCGGAGCCAAGAGCGAGGACGACUCCAAGCUCGCCUCGAGAAAAUACGCGCGCAUCAUCCAGAAGCUCGGCUUCAACGCGAAGUUUACCGAUUUCAAGAUCCAGAACAUCGUGGGCUCCUGCGACAUCAAGUUCCCGAUUCGCCUCGAGGGACUGGCCAGCCGCCACCACAUGUUCUCAUCCUACGAGCCCGAGCUGUUCCCGGGUCUCAUCUACCGUAUGAUGAAGCCCAAGAUUGUGCUUCUCAUUUUCGUGUCGGGCAAGAUCGUCCUCACGGGCGCAAAGGUUCGCGAGGAGAUCUACCAAGCCUUCGAAUUGAUUGUGAGUGCUCCCAAUUCCUCCCUUCGCUGGGUCGGUACUCAAGUGGUUGUGUCCGAGCUAACGUUGGACACAGUACCCUGUCUUGUCCGACUUCCGCAAGACAUGA